AUGGCGUUCAUCCGGAAGAAGCGGCGGGAGCAGCAGCUGCAGCUCUACUCCAGGGAGCGAUUCUCCUUGCUCCUGCUUAACUUGGAGGAAUACUACUUUGAGCAGCAUACAGCUCAUCACAUUCAGCAUAAGGGCACUCACAAGGAAAGGAGAGACAGAGGCUCCUUGAAAAUAUGUUCAAAAUCUGUUAUUUUUGAACCAGAUGCAAAAUCCCAGCCCAUCAUUAAGAUUCCUUUGAGAGACUGUCUAAAAAUAGGAAAACAUGGAGAAAAUGGAGCCAAUAGACACUUUGCAAAGGCAAAGUCUGGGGGGAUUUCACUCCUCUUCAGUCAGGUAUUUUUCAUUAAAGAACACAACAUUGUUGCACCGUAUAAAAUAGAAAGAGGCAGAAUGGAGUAUGUCUUUGAACUGGAUGUUCCAGGGAAAGUGGAAGACGUUGUGGAGACGUUGCUUCAGCUUCACCGAGCAUCGUGCCUUGACAAACUAGGGGACCAGACUGCUAUGAUAACGGCUAUUUUGCAGUCACGUUUGGCGAGAACAUCAUUUGAUAAAAACAGGUUCCAAAAUGUUUCUGAAAAGCUGCACAUGGAAUGCAAAGCAGAAAUGGUGACCCCUCUGGUGACAAACCCUGGCCACGUGUGCAUCACGGACACCACCCUGUAUUUCCAGCCUCUCAAUGGCUACCCGAAACCCGUGGUCCAGAUCACACUCCAGGACAUCUGCCGCAUUUACAAGAGGAGGCACGGCCUCAUGCCUCUGGGAUUGGAAGUGUUUUGCACAGAAAAUGACCUGUGUUCUGACAUCUACCUAAAGUUCUACGACCCUCAAGAUCGAGAUGAACUCUAUUUUUAUAUUGCCACGUAUCUAGAGCACCACGUGGCGGAGCGCACGGCCGAGAGCUACAUGCUGCAGUGGCAGCGCGGCCACCUCUCCAACUACCAGUACCUGCUGCACCUCAACAACCUGGCCGACCGCAGCUGCAAUGACCUGUCCCAGUACCCGGUGUUCCCCUGGGUGAUCAGCGACUACUGCAGCUCCGAGCUGGAUUUGUCAAACCCAGGAACCUUCCGGGAUCUGGGGAAGCCCGUAGGGGCCCUAAAUAAGGAGCGACUGGAGAGACUGCUGGCACGCUACCAGGAGAUGCCGGAGCCGAAGUUCAUGUACGGCAGCCACUACUCGUCCCCCGGCUACGUGCUGUUCUAUCUCGUCAGGAUCGCACCAGAGCAUAUGCUGUGCCUACAGAAUGGAAGAUUUGAUAAUGCAGAUAGGAUGUUCAACAGUAUUGCAGAAACUUGGAAAAAUUGCUUGGAUGGUGCCACAGAUUUUAAAGAGUUGAUUCCAGAAUUCUAUGGCGAUGAUGUCAGCUUCUUAGUCAAUAGUCUGAAGUUGGAUUUGGGGAAGAGACAAGGAGGCCAGAUGGUGGAUGACGUGGAACUUCCGCCUUGGGCACGGAGCCCCGAGGACUUUCUCCAGAAGAGCAAAGAGGCGCUGGAAAGCGAUUAUGUGUCCGAGCACCUUCACGAGUGGAUUGACCUAGUGUUUGGCUACAAGCAAAAGGGAAGCGAGGCUGUGGGGGCCCAUAAUGUAUUUCACCCCCUGACCUAUGAAGGAGGUGUGGACCUGAACAGGAUCGAGGAUCCUGACGAGAAAGUAGCUAUGCUGACCCAAAUCUUGGAAUUCGGGCAGACACCAAAACAGCUCUUUGUGACACCACAUCCUCAAAGGAUCACCGAGAAGUUCAAAAGUUUGCCCCAAACCUCUUGUGAUAACGUUUCCAUAUCAGAUUCUCCAGGGGAAGAGUCUUUUGAGGACCUGACUGAAGAAAGCAAAAAACUGGCCUGGAAUAACAUAGCAAAACUGCAGUUGCACGAGCAACAUAAACUCCACAAAAAGGCGGUUACUGGAAUAGCAGUCUCUUGCAAUGGCUCAUCCGUCUUUACGACGUCACAAGAUUACACCUUGAAAAUGUUUUCCACAGAAUCCAAAAUGCUGCAAAGAAGUAUAUCGUUUUCCGAUUUGGCAUUAUCAUCUUGUUUACUUUUACCAGGAGAUGCCACUGUCAUAAGUUCCUCAUGGGAUAAUAAUGUCUAUUUUUAUUCUAUAGCAUUUGGAAGAAGCCAGGGCACAUUAAUGGGACAUCAUGAUGCUGUUAGCAAGAUCUGUUGGCAUGACAACAGGCUGUAUUCUGCAUCGUGGGAUUCUACUGUGAAGGUGUGGUCUAGUGUGCCUGCAGAAAUGACAGGCACCAAGAGACACCAGUUUGACCUGCUGGCUGAGCUGGAACAUGAUGUCAGUGUGGAUACCAUCAGCUUAAAUGCUGCAGGCACAUUGUUGGUUUCAGGCACCAAAGAAGGCACGGUGACCAUCUGGGACCUCACGACGGCCACCAUACUGCACCAGAUUCCGUGCCAUUCGGGGACUGUGUACGACACUGCUUUUAGCCCAGACAGUCGCCAUGUCCUUAGCACAGGAGAAGACAGCUGUGUGAAUGUAAUAGACGUGCAGACAGGAAUGCUUAUCUCCUCCAUGACUUCCGACAAGCCCCAGAGGUGCUUUAUCUGGGAUGGAAACACCGUUUUAUCUGGAAGUCAGUCUGGUGAACUGCUUGUUUGGGACCUCCUUGGAGGAAAGCUCUGUGAGAGAAUACAGGGACAUAAAGGUGCUGUGACAUGUAUAUGGAUGAACGAACAGUGUAGCAGUAUCAUCACAGGAGGGGAAGACAGAAAAAUUAUGUUCUGGAAAUUGCAGUAUUAA